AUGUUAUUACAAUUAAAUAUUUUUUUAAUAUUUAUUUCAACAAUUUUUGCUCAAGCAGAUGUUAGUGACUUUGAGCAGCCUGGAGACUGUGGAACUGCUAAAACAGACUGGAAACCGUGUAUUGAUAGAAGAAUUGCUGAUAUGGUUUUUGGUUCGUGCUGUGAUCGUUUUGUCCCUCCAGAAUGUCGGGGGAUUUGUACUUAUGAAAGUCAUCCUAUUGAAGCGAGAGUUUUGUUAAUGCAUACAAUCCAACCAAGUAGAUGUAGAUUAUAUAAAUAUUUACCUGCUAUUGUCCAUUGUGCAGCACAAACACAUGACAAUACAGUUUGUUGUAAAGAAAUGGGGUUACAAGAAACUGGACAAAGUUGUUUAGAACUUUGCCGCUCUCAGUCAAAUCCAAGAGAAUUAUGGGGAACAAAAUCACUUCGAAAAGAUUUAGUUCAAUGUUUAUCUAAAUGGGAUCAAGUAAUGUUUUGUCAUCAAUCAGGACUUAGAGCAAGAAAAAUUAAAAAUGCUGCUGCCGUUUUGGCGACAUAUUCAACAACAUUACCAACAACAAUAACUUCUAAUAAUAUUCUUUCAAUUAAAAGAGCUGUAAAUAAUGAAACUACUAAUAUUAAAUAA